AUGGCUCAAACUUGUUCUACUACGCUUGCGGCCUCUGCUGUUUGCUUCUUGUCCCUCCUCAUAGUUGCUCACUGCCAAUCUGAUGCUGCUUCUGCUGGUGCCGCCUCGGCCAACGCCAAUGGAAAGAUUGAGGUGGAGGGUAUGGUUUUCUGCGACAACUGCCGUGUCCGCAACAUUACCACGGUCAGUGCGAUGAUCGCAGGUGCAAAGGUGAAGUUGGACUGCAAAGGCAGUGGAGGCACAAAUAGCUUUGAGGGUGUGACGGAUCAGUACGGUAACUACCGUGUUGACGUGACUGGAGGUCUAAAUGAGGUUUGUGAGAUCAGUCUUGUGAGCAGCGGCGACCCCAACUGUGCUGAGGUGAGCCCCAACUCUCGCGUAACCCUAAACCUUAAAGAUAACCAGGGCAUGGUCUCAGCCAAGCGCCUUGCCGAACCAAUCAGCUUCAUGACCAAGCAACCUGCUCCUGCCUGCGCUGAGGCACUCCAAGAGGAACAACAAUCUUCAUAA